CGGUAAACACAUCGAUUUACGGCUUUAUUUUAUGGUAUGUGACGCUUCUCCUGGCUUAAUCUGGGUUUGCUCGCUGAAACACACCAAAAUCGGGUUUUAAAUCCUACUUUUUCAUUUAAAGUGUCGAUAUGAAUGCUACGGCGCUCUAUGUGUCUACAUGUAGAUACAUUUUGCAAGCAGAUUUCGAAAAUGGUGAAUCUUGGGGAGAUCUCUAUCGCUUAUUGCCCUAUCUCAGACAGUCUUUGUCAUGUUGCGUUUGUGGAUCACUCUUAAAUGACCCUUUGGGACCAACGGAUUCGAAUUGUCAACAUUUUGUUUGUCGGACUUGUGUAGGUGGCAAAAUGCUUCUUAAGCCAACAUGCAGUUGGUGUAAAAAUUACGAGAAAUUUGCCGAGGUGCGACAACUCAGAAUACUGUUAUCUUGCUACAAGAAACUAUGCGAAUACAUAGCAGCCACACCCAUCGCGCGAAGCUUUAUCGGAGCGAACGGCGAAUCGAACAGCACUUUGACUAUCCUGGAAGAGGGAAUGGCGAUCAAUGCGGUCCAUGAAAGCAGCAGCGCCGGCCAGGAUAAGAAUCUGAACAUUCUGGACAUCUUAGCAAGGGUUAAUAGCGAGAAAACUGGUGACGCUAAUUCCAAAUCACCAGGACGACGCCGUGGGCGACCCCGACGGGACAGAGACGGCUUGGGGGCUUCCCCAAACCCGCAUCUAUUCGGGAACCCGGAAGUCCCGUCGCAUGGGUUGUACUCGCCUUUACUUUUAGAUGGACUUUGCAACGGCAUUGACAGUUCAGAUCACCUUGAUAUGACGAGUAGUGACCACUCCAUUUACAGUGCAUCAUUUUCUCCUUCUGGCUCUCCUCGCAUCAAAAUAAAACGCAAGCGCCAUAGCAAUGAGCAAAAGGACAAAAUCAAGAAGAAGAAAAAGAAACAUGACAAAAUCAAAGUCAAAGAGAGGAAACUGAUUAAAGAGCAAGCAAAGCGAACAACUGACCGAAAAGCAAGGAGUGAGAGGAAAAAGAAGAGGCAUAGGUAUCGAAAAGAAAGCGAGGAUAGCACAUUUGAUUAUGAAAAGGAGAAGCUUGUGAACGGGGAUGGAGUGUCCAGUUCGCCUGAAGAGGACCUAGAGCCUUUAGAGGACACACCACCAAAGAAGAAGAAAUCGGUCAUAACAUCAGUCGUGAUUUCUGGACACAGAGCAAAACUGCUGAAAAUGGGACGAUCUCUACCAGUGAUAGAGGGGUGCAGGUGUGGAACCUGGGGGAAAUCACCAGGAGCCAAUACCUGCAAAGGGAACAGGUGCCCCUGCUUCAUGACUGAGAAAGGCUGUCUGAGAUGCAAAUGUAGGGGAUGUCGGAACCCUUUCAUCGUCCCAGAGAGUCCUAGCCCAAAGCCGAAAAGGUAUCGCCAUUCUUCCAGGAAUGAAGUUAAUGGUGAAAGUGAACUGGACAUUGAUGUUACUAAUAUGUAGACUCCAAUUUUGUUAUGUUAAUCGGUAAUCUGCAGCAGUUUCUGUUCAUCUGUAGAUGUCUUUGUUUUGGUGCGUGAUAAAAAUGAAUCUUGUCUUUUGUUAAAGAAAUUUCACUGCUGAUUUGUUAUAUCUUAGUACUUAAUAAAAUAGAAUCUUUAGACCUCAUCAUAGGCCUACACGUUAAAUUUGGGAAACAGAAUAGUUGGCUUAACAUUAUAUUGUGUUUGAUAUGUUUAACUUGGUCCUACUGUACUGUAUGUCAUUCAUUAAGCUGGAUUUUGUCAGAAAUUAUGCAAAGUAAAUUGGUAUUCAUUAUUCACGGCUAUAAGAUUUUGUUCAUCUAUUGAAUUCUUCAAAUUAAAGGUAAAUUGCAAGUCUAUUCGGGAUCUAGGUUUGAGCCUGAGACAAAAUUGUAGGUUUCUGGAAAGCCUGGGAUCCAAAUAAGUAUCAAUCAAUCUUCUCGAUCUUAUUUUGCAGUGCGUCUUUACAAUACAUAAAUUCCUUGUCACGACUGCUAAUCUUUGACUCAUUUUCUGCAAUACAUUUCUUUUGAUCAGCAAUUUUUUUUGUUCAGUUCAGCUCAGUAUGGUUCAGUUGAGUCAAGGUCAGCAGUCUGCUUUACAACCUGUGCAUUGCGAUCCCUGAUUUUGUUCUGCUCAGCUGCUGAAAGAGAGCUGGAAACUUGCUCGGCAUCAGACGCGUCAUCAUCGUUUUUCCCCCUCUUGCGUAUUUUCUUGACAGACUUGGCAGAUGUUCAGCCAUCACCCGACAAACCUCUUCCCUGAUCUUGGUCUCCAGGUAGAACUUCUCUGCUUUCUCAUCCACCAGCUUCUGUUUCAGUACCUCUGUGACAGAAACCAUCUCUUUCUGGAUCUUGGUACCAUUCACAUUAAUCAUUCUUUAAUCAUUCUUUGAUUCAUUUUUGGACAUGGUUCCCUAUGACACCAAAGAAAAUUCAGACUUUGCUCCAAAUUGACAUCCCAUAAUAUAGUUUGGGAGAAGGGUAGAGAAAAAGGGGAAGAGACUAUAACUCUUUAAGGCCUGUCAAGGCAAUUGAUCUGUAUGAGAAGAGUAUUAACAAAGAAGUGUUCUUUUAAUUAUAGAGAGAAUAUAUUCAUACUUUUUGAUGGGAUCUAAUUGCCUAUUAUUCAUACCCAUAUGUUUAUAUGUACAGUGUACCUGUAUUAUGCAUCUCUACAAGUUUAUGUUGAUCUUUUUCCUUAAGUAAAAUCCAUUAAAAAGUCACUAGACCUAUAAUUGGAUAGAGAAAUUAACCUUUCACUUUUUGUUGUUGAAGUUUGUUCCCUAGGAUAUAUGUGCAUUUUUAAUUUAAAAAUUGUUCUCUGAAAAUAUUUGUACUCUUUGUAAACUAUUGUAAAUAUUAAGUGUACUUGACUAAGCCAACUGAAUGCGGGUAAUGUACAUUCUAACUUAUUUUUAUAACUUGUAUAUAGUCGAAACUCACUGGUUGAAAAUGUACUGAAUUUUGUAAAUAACAACCCUUAAAAAGAGGAUAAUUUGUACAUACUUUGUAUGAUAGACUUUGAUGCCUGUAAAGAACGUCACUAGUUCACUAGCGGAAGUAACAAUGGACUUACUACAUAUGGACUGCCAGCACUUUGUUAUUCAUUUGGUUGCAAUAGUGUCUUGUUUACGAAAGAUUCAAAGUAAUAUACGGUUCGCAGUUAUCAUAAAAUGUAUCUUCACCUCUUUGAAAAAGCUUGUUAGAUACUUUCGGUUCACCAAAUCUACUCAUUUGUUUCAUUUGAUCUUUAUAUUUUGUUUAUUUUUGGCAAAUCGCCAAUUUUGGGCAUUAACAAAAUAUAACGGAACUUCUAGGGAUAUGUAAAUACAGUUUCUACAUAUGGUAUACAUGUAGGUGAAUAUGAACAUUAUUAUUCAUGAUUAAGUGCUGCUUGACCAUAUGUUAUAGGUCCAUAAUACUAAUGAUGAACAUACAAUUGUACAUAUAUAUAUACAGGUGUAGUACAUUUUUCAGUGUGAUUGUGAAAUAUUCAAUUUGAAUUAAAUGUUAUUUCACUUCGAUAUUUUGUCAAACCUAAUUGAUGAAGAAGAAAAGAAUCAUCAUUAUUAUGUACUACAUAUGAUAUUAAAUAUCGGUUAUAUGACAAUGCAGAACUUCUCAAAGGAUUAGCCUACAUUUUUAUCGGUUAAGAUUAAGAAGGAAACCCUCGAAUCUUGGAUUGGAUUCGAUAAAAGCUUAUUGAAAAGGGGCUAUUAUCUCAAUGCAUACUGAAAACGCCAGUUUCUGUCUUACAAACGGAUGUCAAAACGGUCUUAAUCUAGAAGCUUUCCGUAUUCUAGCUUUGCUGUUAUACAUUUUUAAAAAUCAAUUAAUCAGCUUUCCUGUAAAGUUUAUGCCAACAACCAAGACUUCCCAGUUCCCACUAUUCAAUUAUUGGUUCACAAAUUCAGAGCUAACUUAAUUCACGGUGCCAAAAUCCAAUCACUGAUACUUUGAAGUCCCAUAUAUGGUGUCAUUUUAGUAAAAUAAUUGUAGUUGUAAGAAACAUGGAAAAGUUGAGGGAGAGAGUGUACCGCUUUCAAGAUUGUUGUGUUUUACCUUGUUGUAUGGUGAUGUUAAUGUUCAAAUAGCAGAAUUUCGUAACUCUUCUUUUAUACUGUGUGUUUUCUUUGCUUGAAACAUUAAUGCGCUAUUCAGCUAAAUUAUGAAGAAGGCCACCACAUUUCUGAUUCGCCUGCAAUCAUGAAUCUUACUUCAAAUUUAAUACCAUAAAUUGAUUGAUGUUUCGUAAAAAAGAGUGUAAUUUUUAAAAAUUAUAACUAUAAUAGUAUACGACUUGUUUGAUGAAUCGUAAAUAUACCCUGUAUUCUCAACCAAACGGGUCUACACUUUCUUGCACAAAAUGUUGCAUUUCUCUCUACUAACUAAUACAAUAACAGACUGAAUGGAAGUUUCAUUAAAAUUUUUAUCGGGAUACAGAAAAACAAUUUAGAAAACUGCUUCCUCGUUUUCUAUAUCAAGGGUUUGAGAGAUCAUCCUGUGACACAACUAAAAUUCACGGACCUUUCUCUCCCGAUCAAAAUUGAAAUAGAAAUGUGUAAUUUUUACUUUAGACAUUGUUAUUUCAUUAUUCCUUAUAACCAUUGUGUGUGACCUCGGUGAAAAAAAAUGUAUUAAAAUACGUCUUAUUGUUGUUAUCAAGUUUUGUAUAGUUAACCAUUUUAACGUUUGUUCGAGUCUCUCUCUCAAAAAAUGACUUGGUUAAAGACCAGUUUAACUUCAACAAUUGCUUUAAUUUGUAGAAUUGUUCGCAAAUUUACUUGUACUACUACAUGCUAGUAUGUUAUAGAUGUUGCGUCGCUCUGUAUUGGAGUUUGAAUGAAUUAAAAUCUGCUGAUAUUCAUCAUGAA